AUGGCUGACAGUGCUGCAUCCGCAGCCACCCAUAACUCCCCGCGCACCUGGCUGCUCACCGCGGCGCUCUCACCUCUUGCAGUCCGCCUCAUCCGCCAGCUUCUCGCCCACGGCGACUACGUUGUUGCUUGCCUACCGCCUCACGAGAUCGACCACCCUGAUCGCAGCCUCGAAUUCCGAGAACUCAUCGAUGAGUGCAAGAGCAAUCGCAAGGACCGAGAGGGUUGGAAAGACCGCAUACGCGGCAUACGCUGCGAUGGGACCGUCAUGGGCAGCUGCGGUGCUGCCGUCGCCGAGGCAAUUCAGGUUUUUGGCCGCAUCGACAUCUUGCUGUGCUGCAAAUCUGAGGCCGUGAUUGGGACUGUCGAAGAGUUGUCUACGACACCUUUUACUCAAAAUCUUGUCCGUGACCAGUUCGAGACUAUUUUCUUUUCCCAGGUCAACUUCAUCAAAGCUGCCCUCCCCCAACUCCGGACCCAGCAUACCGGCCACAUCAUCGUCGUCAGCAGCACGGGCGGCCAUAUUGGCACGCCAGGCAUGUCUAUGUACACUGCGGCUACCUGGGCAUUGGAGGGUUUCUGCGACUCCCUUGCCUACGAGAUCGCUCCUUUCAAUAUCAAAGUCACCAUCGUGCAGCCCAAUAAGGAGAUUCAAUCCCUCACGAACCGACUCAUCUUCGCUCCUCAAAUGAUGGUCUACGAGCAGGGUGGUCUUGAAUCAGUACCCAGCGUCCGCGAGAUGCUAACAAAUGUACUCAACACCCAUCCUGACACUGCUCUCCCUCCCCCAACAACGCCUGAAUCGAUCGGCGCUACACCAGGCACUACACCAUUGUCGCCUAGCAGCGCAAUCUUGGAGCCAGAUAUCGUUCCAGGAGACAUCAUCCAGCGAUAUCCGAAGCUCCCCCCGGGUGCGGCAGACAAACUGGUAUUGGAGACGGUCCAUGCCUUGACAGCGAUUGGCGGUCAUGAGAACCCCCCGGCGCGGCAUAUUGUCGGACACGAAGGCGCCACAGCUGUCAAGGAGAAACUGAAAACGGUGACAGAAGAGCUCGAGGACUUUGUAGAAGCCAGCCUGUCGGUCGAUAUCUUUGACACCGAGUUGCAGGCGGAGGCUCGAGAUGGCAGGGACCAAGAGGAGAGUCCCAGGGGACCAGCUUCCUCAGUGGCAACACCAGAUGCUAGGAUGAGCUUGGAUCCGCUGCUCCCCGUCGCUCCCGCAAGGGUGAAGGCGCUGCUGCUGCCGCUGGGCCAGAUCAAGGCAGAUCGCUUUGCUGCGUUCGUUGAGCGUCUCAACCAGGAACAUGUCGUCCACCUACGGGACGUCACCGCCGAUGGCCGGCCGAACAGGAAUAUGUUCUCGCCGCUGGCAUACCCGGACGGCGCCAUCAUCUACGAUCUCGUAACCCACGUACCCCCGCCAUCCCACCUCUCCCUCACUCCCUUCGACUUAUACCGAGAACCCUUCGCCGUCAUUGCACUGGCCGACGGCAGCGAGCUGAACCAGGCGACCUUCAGCAAACGGAACUCCGCGAAUGGCACCGGCCCGACCACGGUCGAGAAGAACAUCCGGGCCCUGUACCAGGAGCUCGAGGACCUGCGCGACAACUACCCCAAGGCGCUGGCGCACCAGGUCUUGGUGUUUGAUUACGUGGCCCCCAAGGACACCGAGAUCCCAAUGCCUGAGGGCCUCUUUGCAAUCCCCCCGGCCGAUGAUUGCAAGAGAACGACCAUGAAGGCAGUUCUGUGCGAUGUCUCUUCCUUGCUCCUGGCUGAAAUGACAGCCCUCGCCAAGUCUUUCGAAGCUAUGACUACGAUCGAAUCUCCAGGACACUACUCGGGUACAAGGCACACGAACGGCGCAUCCUGGGGUGGAGAGGGAGGCGCCAAUGGAAUGUCAAGAAGGAACUCGCAGUUCUCGCUGCCCCAAGGUCGCUCAAGCUCGGCUGGUGGCAUCAUGGACAAGCAUAACGCACGCAUGUCAAUGCCAGCAUCCUCUCGACCCCCCCUGCACUCUAGCAGCUCGACGCCGGGAAGACCAUCAACGCCAGUCAAAAGUGGCCUCUCAAACACACCCCUAAGCUCCGAGGUUGUCCACAGUCCAGAUAGUGACCAAUCAACGCCAGAUACGAUGGCCUCCCGUCCAGACCCUGCGGAGGCAGCUCGCGAAAUGAGUCGCGAUCGGGUCUCGGUGCAGGGUUUCGGCCCUGGUGGUGCAAACGAACGCUGGAGGCUCAAGGGCAAGGGUCGCGUAUCAAUUGUCGUGGGAUCUAUGUAUCUACAGGCCGGACGAUGGAGCGAUUCCCUAAAGGAGCUUGUCGAAGGCGCCACCGUUGCGCGAUCACUCAACGAUCAUGUAUGGCACGGUAAAGCGUUGGAGCUUAUCCUGAUUAACCUCCUUCUCCUGGGUUGGUCCAACUUGGAGUUUCAAAUACCAGCUGUAUGCUUUGGUCCUCAGGAGAGGCCCGCCAGUAUCAGCUCCAAAGUCGACCUAGAAGGAGACUCUGAUCAGCCCAAGCAUCUCAAACGCCUACAAGCGAUUCUGUCAGAUCUAAUGGAUCGUAUCCUGGCACUUUACUCAAGGAUAUCGGCAGAGAACCUCCCCCCCCUUGCUCUCGCCGAAACUCAUAUCCGGUUCGCCAAGAUUUUCUCGGCUAUACACCUGAGCGGUGGCAAGCUUGGCAAGCCUUCCCUCGACAUUAUGGUUUUGGGGUCGAUUCCCGAUCCGACUCCGACCCCUACUCCUCGAUAUUUGGUCUCCCCAACAAGGCAGCAAAUCGUCACGAUACUCUUCAAGGCCUUUCCCUCAUCUGCCUCGGAACUCCUUACUACUGUAGACCGAGCGGCUAUAUUGAGCGGCAUCGCGACUGUCUUAGGGCCUCUUGGGCUCCAUCGAAAGAAGGCAAUGGUGAUACGAGAGCUUGUCUCUGUGCUCAUUGGCGGCCUCGUUGAGGCUCGAACUCGGGGAGCCGCCGAUAUGGGCAUUCAUCCUGCUGCAGGGUUGGUCUCUCUGACAGCGAGCGGAGGUACGGGCACCGGAGCUAUGGCCUUGGAUCUCGGCGAUGCGGACGUUGAGCAGGGCAUCGAGGCGCUUCUUGGCCUCCUUUGCCGGUCCUAUGGCAUUGUCAGCUUUGACAUGGCGAAGAAAGUGACCGCCGAUUCGACCAAGGAUGUUGACGACUCGGAUGAGGCGGUGAUUACUAGGAUACUUGGCCAGUCCUCUGCGAGGUUCUUUGGUUUCCCUGAGGUCAAGCUGAAUAUUCUUCGAGCCUGUAUCAACUUCUCCGAGGCCUUGCCGGACUUCAAUGGGGCCCUCAAGUUCUCGAGCGACCUCCUUCGCACGGCAGGGUCGGGAGUAGCCCCGGGGCCACGACGAGAGGACGCAUCACCAACCAUCCAUCGAGAUGAGCAGGUGCGGCUGGCAACCAAUAUUUCCAGAACAUCCACCCUCUCAAAGCGGUUGGGACUUUCACUAUCAGCAGAAUACUGGGACGAGUUUCUGGUUAGAAGUAUCAAGCUGGAACCCCCCGCAAACACUAGAACGCCGGUAGCCCAUGCCAAGAGCGUCCUGCCUGGUGCGACCGCAAGUCGAGCGUCUCAGGAUGUGGAUCCAUUCAUCUACAACCCCUUCCUGAAGAAGCCCGAUGAGAUUAUCAGCGAGAAUCUUGUUGCUGGUGAGAUAGCAACAUUCAAGAUUACGCUCCAAAACCCCUACGAUAUUGAAGUGGACAUUGAGAAGAUCGAGGUGGCUACUGAAGGCGUGGAGUUUGAGCCGAUACCCGAGGUCACGGUCAUUGGACCCUACCGCACUCAGGUGUUACGGUUGAGGGGACGACCCAAGGCGGCGGGAGACAUUAAAGUCAUUGGAGCGGUGAUCAAGGUUCGAGGGUGUAGGGAGAGGCGGUUCCCCAUAUUCUCGGCAGCAUGGACGCCGACCAGGGAUGACAAGGUCAAAGCCAAGGGAAUGAUAGGCCUCGAAGAGAGCGUCGCCGCAGUCAAGCCUUUUGCUCGGGCCCUGGUAACAGAGACGCUCAAUCUCAAGGUUAUCCAGGAGCAGCCGCUGGUGGUGGUCAAGGCUACGACUCUUGCGCAAUCUUCGAUCAUGAUUUUGGAAGGCGAGCGAAAGGUCUUUUCUGUUACCCUGCAAAACCUGUCUACAACGCCUGUGGACUUUUUGCUGUUCUCGUUCAAGGACUCGACGCAGGAACCACUCCAAGCAGCCCUCAGCAACCGGGACGCAACGCCAGCGGAGCUGUAUGAGUACGAACUAAUCUUAAUGAAGAAGCAAGCCUUGCGACUACCUCGGGGCAACCAGGGCCGUAAAAUUUCUCCUGGGGGCGAGGCAACAUUCGACUUUGAGAUAUUCGGCAAACCUGGCUUGACGUCUGCGAUGAUCCAGGUUGACUACACCCACCUCGGUUGCCCUCAGGAUGAGAUCAAAGAACAAUUUUUCACCCGCCAAGUGUCAGUUAAUCUUACAGUUACGGUCAAUGCUAGUGUCGAGUUGGCUAGGAUAGAUGCGUUGCCCGUGUACGGAGAUAUACCUCGACCGAUCUGGGACCGCCUGGGGAGCGCGGUUGCAGCGAAGCCGAAUGACUACUGCCUUGUCUCGAUCGACUUGCGCAACGCUUGGCCGAGCCAGAUGGCGAUCCGCCUGGAAAGCGAUGACGGGGUGGCAGUGGAAGAUGAUAUCCUCCCUGGUAACACAACCCGCGUCAUUCUCCCCGUGAAGAGAGUAUACCUGGAAGACCCGCAUGCCACGAUCCCGACUCUGAAUCCUUCACGAAAUCGACAAUUUGUGGUUAGCACCAGCAAGAUUUCGCCGGAAAUGGAGCGAGCCAACCGAGAAGCAUUCUGGUAUCGAGAGAGAAUUCUUGGCUGUCUGAAGGCUACGUGGCGGACAACGUUCUUGCCAAAGCGGAGUGGUUCUAUCGAUCUUAGGAACAUCCGACUGACGUCGCGCAUGAUUGAGGCGAUCAAGGUGGAUGAAGUUGGGAUUGAAAUCUCCGUGGAGGACACAGAUGACCGCGGUUCAGAGAAGGACGUAGCAUAUGUGGAUGAAUUCGCGACGCUCAAGGUGCGCGUUAUAAACCGGACUGCCAAGCCGAUAUGCCCACUCGUCAGAAUCAUGCCAGCCCUCUGCCACCGACCGGCAAAUGUGGCCCUGGAGUUUACGCGCAAGUUUGCUUGGAACGGCACCUUGCAGCAGCUUAUCCCCGAGCUCGAGGGGCACGGCAGCGCCGAGGUGGCUGUGGGCAUGACGGCGCUUUGUCGAGGCGAGUUUGAAAUCACAGCCUCAGUGGAGGAGGUACAGGUAUGGGAAGAUGCGCGAGCGGCAGAAAAGCCACAGGGGCGGCCGCGGUCGGACACACAGUCGAUGAUGGAUGCGGCGCUGGGAGUCAAGCAGCGGCGCAUGUGGCAUGCAAGACAACCAUGCAGGCUCACAGUGAGAGACCGCGAGUAA